AUGACCAUUUAUCGUCAGGAGUCCAGCAGGAACGCCAAAAGAAACUUACGAAGCGCAAAAUUACCUUCUCUUACACGAAAAAGGAAUUCUCCGAAACAUUUGCCACCAAUUUAUGAGAUCGACGAAGAUUGUGAAGAAACUGUUUCAGAUGCUAGACCAAAACAAAAUAUAUCGUCUGGAAUAUUAGGAAUCCUACCUCACCACAGUGAGGACAAAAGCUUCCAAGUUAAUAUAAAUGUUCCUGAAGAAGAAUAUUGGGGAUUAAGUAAUACGCAGAGACAGCAGCAGAAACAUCGAGAAAAUACAGAGAAUACUUCUACUUAUCUUAAACGAAAUCUCAAGCGCAAUUUAUCUGUUACCUCACGCGACAAAGGUAACAAUCAGAUGGCAUUUCCAGACUUUUUUCCUCCAGGCAUGCACGUACACUGCGCUCAAAACUCUCUCCCAGAGGCAAGCAAAGGGUUGUACAUGAAAAUAAUGCAAGGUGAGGCUAAAAUGCAGAAAAACAUGUCCAGCACCAGCGAGACAUCAAGCAGUGCAUCCAGUUAUAAACAGUAUAACUGGAUGCAGUUUUUCGGUUAG